CAGCAGCGAGACUUGUUGCGGCAGAAGUGGAGGCGCAGCCAAAGUUUGUUUUCUGCGUGGGUUAGACUGUUUUAUCUGAAUGCUCGGCUUGUUUUUGGCGUGGCAGUGUUUCUACCAUGGCUUUUGUUUCAGCUCACACGUUACUAGGUGGACAUUCGAGGAACAAAAAUUGAAGACAUUGCAGUCUUUUCCGUCGAGCUCUGACGUUAGUACUUGACGUUUUUGAAAGUUAAAACGAUGGCGUUUGGCAUUUCUCUCUUCGUUUGGGUGUCCACUUUUUCUUUGUUCUUCUGCCCGUCCAGUUGUCACUUUUCUAUACCGCUGAAGGUCUCCUCGGGACAGUAUAAUGUGUCGACGUCGAACCUGACUGGUCUUCAACAAGAACAGACUUCUGAUGGUAACGGCCUCUCUUUGGCCUCUGAUCCUGCCGGCAAAGUUAACUUUUUAGACAUGGUCAGUAACCUGCAAGGUGAUCCUGGACGAGGCUACCACAUAGAAAUGUUAAUUGGCACUCCCGGUCAAAAGCUGAACAUCCUGGUGGACACGGGCAGCAGUAACUUUGCCGUGGCUGCAGCUCGUCAGCCGUACAUUUCUCACUACUUCAACACAGCACUCUCCAGUACGUUUGUGCCAUCUGGCCAAAGUGUGAGUGUCAAAUAUACUCAGGGCAACUGGGAAGGUCAACUGUGCGUAGACCGCAUCUCCAUCCCCAAAGGUCCUAAUGGGACCAUCACCGUCAACAUCGCUGCCAUCCUAUCAUCUGAAGGCUUCUUCCUUCCUGCAGCCAACUGGCAGGGAAUCCUGGGAUUGGCCUACCCCUCACUGUCACGGCCCGACUCGUCUGUGGAGCCGUUUUUCAACUCUGCUGUCCAGCAGAUGGGAAUUCCAGACAUCUUUUCCCUCCAGAUGUGUGGGCAGUCACCCAGCAGCAUCGAAGACUCUGCUGGUGGUAGUUUGAUUCUGGGAGGGACUGAACCAACGCUGUACCGGGGGUCAGUGUGGUACACACCAAUAAUAAUGGAGUGGUAUUAUCAAGUGGAAGUUUUGAAGCUGGAAGUUGGUGGCCAGAAUCUGAAUCUGGACUGCCGAGAGUACAAUGUGGACAAAGUUUUGGUUGACAGCGGAACAACGCUGCUACGACUACCCGUCAACGUCUUCAAUGCAGUUGUGGAAGCCAUCACUCGCAGCUCUUUGAUCCAAGAUUUUUCUUCUGGGUUUUGGGACGGCACAAAGCUUGCGUGCUGGAAGAAAGGGGAGAACCCCUGGAUGUUUUUUCCCAAGCUCUCCAUCUAUCUGAGGGCUACAAACAUCAGCCAGUCCUUCCGUAUCACCAUCCUUCCUCAGCUGUACAUCCAGCCUGUUGCAGACGUGGAAGGCAUUCUCGACUGCUUCCGUUUCGGAGUGUCAUCCUCGGCUAACGGACUGGUGAUCGGUGCGACAUUCAUGGAAGGCUUCUAUGUGGUGUUCGACCGCUCCCAGAGGAAACUCGGUUUCGCCCUCAGUAACUGCGCAGUGAGGGAUGGCGUGGCGCUGUCAGAGAUUGCAGGACCCUUCCCAGUUGAAGAUACGGAAGAUGACUGUUCCAGCAGGAUGGCCAAGCAACCCGUUUUGUGGAUCAUCUCAUAUGCUUUGAUGUCAGUCUGCGCUUUGGUCCUCAUCAUCCUGCUGCUGCUGCUGGUUGUGCCUUGCCGACGCAGAAACAGGUUUGAGGAGAUGUCAGACGAGUCCUCUCUAGUCCGUAACCGCAUCAAGUGACUGAGAGGAGACUCAUGGGGCAAAGGGUUUGAGCACAGAAGCCAUUAACAGCUGGAGAGGGGGAUCAGGCUCGGCUUAACAUGUCUGUCAGACUCCAGACCGCACCCAUCAGCUCAGCCCGUGAAGGGAAAAACAAAGUACCCCCAAUAAUUGUCUUAUUGAUUUGCUAUGCAAAUAUGAUUUGAGAUUUGAAGGUUUGGGGUUUUUAUUGUUAUCUUGGAGUGGAGUAGUGCAGAUAUUCCUUUUCCUCACUCCACCCACAUACAGUUAGCUCUGUCAUGUAUUCAGCCUUUCAGUUGCUGGGAAACACCACACUUUGCUAAUUGUACAUGUGCAGAGAUGGAAAAUCCUUUUUUUUUUUUGUUUUUUCCCAGUGCUACUUUGUCCUCAGAGGGGACAAAGGAGCACCAAACAGUCAUGAUUUUCCAUCAUUAUAUAAUGUCAAUGGGUCACUGGACUCAAAAUGUGUAGAAGUCAAGUCUGGGAACAUGCGCCGUGCCGUGCUUCACCGCAUCCACGGUACCGUAGAAUUACCUUGGGUCCUGGAUAGCAACCACACAGGCAAACAAUUAAUCCAUCCCCACCUCUCUAAAAUAAACAUGAAGCGUGGGCACCCCCUUGUCCUUCUCCAGUGACUAGAGUCCUCAAUACUCAGCCACUUGUGUGCUGGAUCAUGCCCAUUGAAAAAAGCCACAUGGCCAAAAUGUUGAAGCUGACACUCCCUCAUGCUGUAAAUGAUACUCCUUGUUUUAGUUUGCCUACAAGUCAUCGCUCAUUUGUCUCCUUGGAGGAUCCUUUGAUACCACUGGAAUGACUUUGCAUCAAAAUACCAAUGACAUCCACUCAUUACUGUAGUUUCUAUGUCUCACAACCAUAGAGUAAGACAAGUAGUACCAGGACCCUAAAGACUUGGACCUUCGUUGUCCUGUAAAGCUAUCAGCAUGUCACACCCCUCUGUCCAGCAACCUCAUGAUUGUAUAAGCUCUUCCAAGGCGUCUUUAUCUCAAAGGUAGAGGACCCAGACAUGUGAAUGUCGCUGCUGAGACAAGUGAAUGUCCUGGAUGAAGCCUGGACAAUCACAAACCCAAACACUCCAAUGUUUAGAAGGUACUGCUGAAAUAACAGGUGGUGACUGAGAACUGCUGAACAGUUCUGUUUUUGUUGCUGCUGGCAGUGAAGUGAAAUGUGUAAAGCCACUCCUGUUGAUGCAUUUUCCUCAACGCACUUCACAAUAAAUUUAUUUUUAACUGUAAAUGCAGGAGGACCCAUGCAGAAUAGUUUUACCGUCUGUGUUGGUGCAUCAUUACGCCAGCAUUUCUCGAUUACGGGCAACAUUAGCCAACAUUUCCAAAAUGAUAUAAACAUAAUCUUGUUUUUUGACGUAGAUUACAAACAUUGAGUGCAAAAUAAUCCCCCCCACACACACACGUGACAACAGUAACUGACAUUAUUGCCAGUGAAAUCCUGGAGCUGAAGUGAACAGGUUUUCUGCAUUUAGAAGUGGUCUGGAUAACAUCUUAAUCUAGGACCUAGCUGAAACAUGUAUGCACAUCAUUUAGGAGAGGAUAAUACAACUGUUCUAGAAUAAUAUGACACAAUGAACAAUUUGGGAUAUGUGCCAUAAUCUCUAUUCGGGAUGAACAGCCCAAAAAUGACCACGCCUUUUUUCAUCCAGAGUGUUACUUCAAAUACAACUGUGUUUUCUAAACCGCAGCAGCAGUAGAUUUUCCAGAGUAUUCAAAAUCUUCAGAAUGACCACGACAUGUUUAGAAGGGUCAUAGAAGAGUGACUUUCUAAUUUUUAUAUUCUAAGAGAAAACCACUAGAAAACAUUGGUCAAAUGACCUCCAUACAGUCCAGAAUCGACACAUUUAGUAACACACUUUCUGGGCUAUUGGCUUUUGGGGAAAUUUCCAUGAUAAUCUUUAAAACAUUUAAGAUCUCUAGAUACUGCUGUCCACUUUGUUUUCACUUUAAAUCAAUAUUCCAUCGAUAACAGUAAGACUGAAAAUAAAAUUUAAUUGUAUUUGGCAGUUGUAUAGUAAUGAGUUGACCCACUGAUUUCAGCUAUUUUCUCUUAAAAUAUCAAAAUUGGAAAUUUUACACUUUUCUAUGACCCUCCCAAACAUGUAUUCAUCAUUCUGGACAUUUUGAAUACCUUGGAAAAUCUAUAGCUGCUGCAGUUUACUAAAUACACCAUACAGCUGUAUUUGAAGUAACACUGGGGACUAAAAAGGGUGUGGUCAUUUUCAGGCUGUUCAUCCCCGAUAGACAUUUUGGCACAUAUCCCAAGUUGAUCAUUGGGGUCAUAUUAGUCUAGAACAGUUGGGUUAUCUUCUCCUAAAUGAUGUGCACACAUCUCAGCUAGGUCCUCUGCUAUCUGUAACGGACUUGUUUGUGCAGGAUAGCAAAAGAGAAGUUCACUUCAGAAUUGUUAGUCAUCAAGACUCCAGGUGCCACUUGUUGCACUUGUGCUUUGGGGUUUGCAUUUUCUAUAUAUAGCCUUCUUAAACUAUGUUUUUGAUUGGUGAAAAGAGAGAACAUUAUUUGGAAACUUGAUACAGACUUGAAACAUUUGACAGUGAUCUUGUACAGGGACAUGGUCACUUGUGUAAUCAAUGUUUAAAAGGGCUUAUCUGAGCAUUUGUACAGUUACAGAUGCUUAUGUUAAGAUCAUAUAUGGUUUGU